UCUUUUCAGAACAACCAGUAGGCCUAAAACAAACUCUUUUCAGAAUAACCAGUCUUUACACAGAUGAGCUUUUGAUAAUGAUGUAGACCUAAAUAUUCGUCAUUUCAGGGCAGACAGAGGUCAUCCAAGGAAUGCUGAAAUUGUCAAGAUGGACAAGAUCUACUGUCUACUUGAAAAACACAGGCUGGAAAGAUUUUACAAACCAUUCCUUGAUAUAGGGGUGAAGGAUGAGAGUGACAUUCUUGAUAUAUCUGAUGAAGACUUGAACAAUAUGGGUUUAAGUCAAGUGGAGAAGAACCGGUUUAAAAGCAUGCUGGACACUAUUAAAAGACUCGGAAAAGGUGCCACCCAUCUCAUGCAUGAAAUGCAAAUGACGAAGUCAGUGGACGGGUUCAGUCUCUUUUAUUCAUUCCCCAAGUGUCCUGAGUGCAGAGAGUUAAGGGGUAUACUUGGAUCCAGCACAAAACACUGUGGAAGAUCUUAUGCUCCGAAUUGGUUAUCAGGAGGGUGUAGGUAACAAUAUGGGUGUUUGCCUUUUCACUGCCGAGGGAAUGCCACUCACUGAUGAUCCCUUUUUCAACACAUGGUCGUUACAUGACAGGCACGUAGAGAAAGAGAGUCAUCUCUAUGUCAUAUUCACACCUAAAGAGAAUCUUCCACCACUGCAACCAGCUCAGCCAGUCACAGAACCCUCAGGGAUGGACACGGUGCGCUGUCACGUCAUGCUGAGGGGUAAUUAUGAAGUUAAAGUAAACCUGGAAGACCAUACAUUGGCUGACCUGAAAAGAGGGCUGGCGUUUGAAAGUGGAAUACCAUCACAUGUGCUUCAGUUAAGGGAUCUACAAUGGAGUAAUGACACCUUGGAAGACAUCGGGAUAAAUGAGGACUCUUUGGUGCAUUUCUUCCUUUCUUCACUUAGUGAGGAGUGUCCGAAUAUUGAGCAGUUUCUCAAGGCGGACAUCCAGCCCUCUGUGCAGCAGACUAUGAAGGGCAUGAGUGUCUUCUUUUCAUCUUUAUAUUCCAUCAGAAUAAAACAAGUUGGAGGAUUCCAGAAUGUGGUGGCGUAUAUCCGCAGGCUCACUGGAUGUCAUGCACUGGCUCAGAUUCUGUAUCAGCUGAUAUGCAGGAAUGAAAUAGGGACCAAAGUGCAGAAGAUUGCUCUUGUGGAAGGGCUCUAUAUCCUUUUCAGAGAGCUAUUACCAAAUCGUUCGUCCAAAUCAUGUGAUGUGAUCAUUGAAGAUGGUGAAGUUUUUGAAUUCUCCCCUGAAUGCUGGGGCUACUUGUUGUCUCAGUCUGAGAGGGAGAGCAUAGAGCAUGAGAACUUUGCUCCAAUGUCCUUGUGUUGUCUGAGCACAAGGAUACGGUUUUCUGAACCUGUGCGGAUUGCAAACCUUCCAGACAUUUGUGAACGAUCUACUGUUCUGCGGGCAGUAAACGCAGAUGGGGAAAAAAUGCCCAAUUGCACACUUGAAGAUAUGAGGAAGUCAAUCAAGAAAGACACUUUCAUGGAAAAAAUCAUCCUCAGCAUCCCACCGAUGAUGAAGACUUACCCGCUGUGGCUCUCCUAUGCACAUGUGCCUGGCAGCAACUUCAGGGUCCAUCCAGAGAAGUCGUUUUCUCAGAUGAAAGAGGAUUUGGUGGCAUAUGCACACUUGCAGAUUAUUCCUCCACUGCAGCCAUUGCAUGGUUUUGCGGAAGCGCCGUGCUUGAUGUAUCUCUCGGAGAACAACCUUGGUGUGUAUCCUCAGAUCUCCAAGGGAGGCACGGUAGCUUUUCUUUUUAACAGUCUGACUGGGAAAGAAGAGGCAGUGAAGUUAAAGAAAUUGGCAAAAGAACUCGGGGAUGUGAGGACAGACCUAUCGGUGAGGACAACUAGAACCCCAAAAGAGGCAAUCAUGGUUAUUUUGGAUACAAGUCGUUCUAUGAACGAAGAAUGCUACUCGGACACCAAAAUGAGAAAGCUUGAUGCUGUGAAACAGCUGUUUGAUGCUUUUGCAAACAGAAGCAUGGCGUAUGAUUUCCCACAUCUGAUCAGUCUUGUGACUUUUGGGAGAGGAGUCAAAAUCAUGCACAGGUUUACAGAAAACCUGGAGAAGUUCAAGGCACAUGUGCACAGUCUAAAGGCAUCUGGACCAACACCUCUAUAUGAUGCAUUGUCUCAAAGUGUUUCUGAGCUCAACAACAUUAAAACAAAAUUUCCUGAGUGCCGUCUACGUGUCAUAUGUUUAACAGAUGGAAAUGAUGUUGGGUCAGAGACAACCCCUGUGUGUAUUGCACGCAUGUUGAUGAGUGCCAACAUUGUUGUUGACAGCAUCCUGGUCGGACAAGCUGAUAACAACGUACUGCAUGGGAUUAGUAAUGUAACAGGAGGAUGCUGUUUUAAACCAGACACAAGUAAAACGGCUCUGAAACUCUUCGAAAUGGAAACAGUCCUCUCUCUGGAAAGCAGAAAACUCAAGUAUAAGUUACCACAAUCCAUCACAUCUGUGAAGAAGUUGACAGGAAUCUUUGCCACCCAUGGCUACGAUGUCACACCACAGGUGAAAUUGCCCCCGGGAGUAGAGGAUAAAGUGGUGGUGACUGAAGAUGCUCUGAAGAAAAAGAUUCUGGAAUCCAAAACGACACGCUUCAUGGAGAAGGACCGACGCAUCAUGGAGGAGCUGAAAAGCCUGCACUGCGAUCCCCAUCCCUACUGUUCAGUCUUCCCCUCAGACACGGACUUCACGUUUUGGAAGAUCCUGAUGCAGGGCCCUCCAGACACUCCGUAUGAGAACGGGGUUUUUGAACUCUACUGUCAGUUUGGUGACGCCUAUCCAGUGAAACCACCUCUAGUGCGUUUCAUCACACCUGUGUACCACUGCAACGUGAACAAUGUUGGACGAAUCUGCCACAACAUAUUUGAUCGUAACUACUCUGCUAACAUCACCAUGAGGGAGAUCCUGAAUGCAGUGUACGGCCUCCUCAUAGCCCCAGAGCCUGAUGAUCCUUUAGACAGUGUCUUAGCAGAAGAAUUCAUUACCAGCCCCGACACAUACAAAGAAAAGGCCCAGAAAAACACAGAAGCCAUUGCAAAAGCAACAAUGUAUGACAUGGAAAAGAAAUUGCUGGGAGCAGAUACUCAAAGGGCAUGUGUGCCUCCUUACUUCAUAUGCCCACUGACUAAGAAGAUGUUUGUUGAGCCAGUAAAGACAACACAUGGGCAAAUCUAUGAGCGACGAGCAAUCGAAGAUUACCUGAAGCAAACCAAAACUGAUCCACAAUCUGGUGCCCCUCUUGAUGAAUCAGGCCUGAAGCCAGAUAAAGACCUGAAACGUCUGGUGAAAAAGUAUCGAGCCGAACAACUUAAGGAGACAUGAAAAACCAAUACUGUUGAUGGUCAUUUAAGGGUCAUCCCAAUAAUAAUAACAGAAAAUAAGUGCCUUUAACUUACAUUCACAUUCAACAUGAAUAAUGAAAACCCUAAACUUAGAGCUGACAUUUAUACACAUUUAACACAAAUGAACAAAAAUGUGAUAAUUUAAUCACACAUACAAAUGGUGAUAACUGAACACAUGGAUCAUAAUAACUUGUUUGUCAGCAUUCUUGGGUAGUGUGGUAGACACAUGUAUGACAUUCAUUGAAUCUGUAACUUUACUUACCGUUUGUCAGUUCUCUUAUGAAAGAAAAAAUGCCUUUAUAUUUUCUUCCACUUUUCCCUUUUUUAAUUACAAUGUGAAGUAGCCUGUAGUGACCUAUAGAAUUACCAGUUUUGCAAUGACCUUUUUGCAUUAUCUUGCAGUUUGCUAUUGCUAUAUAUAAAUCAUCUAUAUAUACUUUAUAUUCUUAAAAGUGUUUUUCGAAAAGACGCUGCAGGCUAUUGGAGUGACUAGUCAGAGAGUUUGAUAGACUUUAUGCUUUCCCGUGUAGGUUAGAUUCUGAACUUGAAUUCCUUAAAUGGUGGUUUAAGACAUGUAGAUUGCAGAUUGUUAUUUUACAUUAUUGUUUUACCUUUUUGACAACAUUGGGUGGUGGGAAGUAUAAGCUUGUAGCAGACAUAGGGCUAAGAUGUGCCGGUAUUGUUCACUUUUCCACAUAGACCCCUAUGGGACAUAUGGCUGCAGUAUGCCUGUGUUGUUCACUUUUCCACAUAGACCCCUAUGGGACAUACAGUAUGGCUGCAAUAAGCCUGUGUUGUUAGCGUUCCCCAAUUCUCUGAAAAUGUUUUAACAAGUUUUUUACACCUUUCCUGUUUUAAAACUUUUGUGAGAACUAAUUGUGAUGACCUUGUUGGGAAGUAGGAAUGCAGCUAAUUGCAGUUGCAGCGAGCUGCUUGCACAAUCUUUACGCAAAUAAAAAUAGCUAAAUUGGAUCAUCAUUAGUCAUCAUAAAUCAUUAGUCACAUAAUAUUUACAGACAUCUUCCAAAAGUAAUUUUCUGCAUGACACUGCAGGCCAGUUCACUGCCCAGCCAAAGAGCUUGCCAAACAUGCUUUUGUAUUCUUAAUCCUGUAGAUUCUGAAUCUUAAUUUGUUAAAUGGUGGUUUGGGAUACAAUAUGUAGAAAAGGAUUUGCAUUUAUCUAGCCUAGAAGUUUACUUUUUUUGUAAGCCUGAUUUUCUUUCCACAUUCAUAUUAACCAAUAAAAUAUAAUUCUUUAAUGAAUGCUCAGCCUACUCAAAUGAUAUUAUGUGGUUGGGGACUUAAGAUGUAAUGUUUUGGUUAAUGGAGAUAAAUGAAUUCACUUUAA